GAGAGGGAGGAGGAUAAGAGCCACCAGUCUCAUCUAUCUGGCUCUCACACUACUGGAUAUUAUUGUUUUUUUGGGGGUUUCUCUUCAUUCUCUUUAUAUUUUUCAUUUCACAAGUUUAUUUUUUAUUCUUUGGAGACUUUUAUUCCCGCAGCGCCUCUCUGGUCUAAUCCUGUGUGUCUGCUCUGCAUGGGACUCCACUGCCGCUUCUCUGCUUCUGCUUCUAUUCCAUUGCUUUUCCACCUCGGGAUUAAGCUCAAUCAAUCAAAUCAAUCAAUCAAUCAAUCAAUCAAUCGAUUAAUCAGGCAGAACAGAGGGUGAGUUCAUGAGUUUCUUUUUUUUAUCUCCAACAAACUCAAAUAGAAAAGAGGGUGGGAGGACUUCUGCCUGUGUCCGCUGCAGAGCUCCAGGACCAGCCUCCCUGUGCGUGUUUAUUACUGAAAUAAAUAGAAAUAAAUACAUAACACAUGACAGGUCUCAGUGUGAGAGGAUGCAUUAUGCACUACACUCCCUGAGCAUGGUGCCAUUUUGGAGAUAAGUGAAUUCUCUUUUUGUUUUUCUUUACAUUUGUCUUCUUUCCUUCAUGGGACGCGCGCAGUGGACAAUCAAGUGGAGAUCUUGAGCGCGCACCUUUUUUGACGACGCGCCUGUCAAUUAAGUGUCGCUAAUUGGAUUAUUUUGAUCUUGAACUCACGGUCUGCAGGUUUCCCCCCCCUCACCCCCUCCUCCUCCUCCUCCUCCUCCUCCUCCUCCUCCUCCUCCUCCCUUGGAGUUAUGUCAAGGCCUCCUCUCACUCAGCUCCUGCCCCCGGACCUCCCCUCAGGGGCCACCAGCCCGGCUGGCAGCGGCCCCCAAGGCGGACACCUGACCUCCAUGACCAACCUGAAGACGCUGCUGCAGCUGCCAAUCAAGGCCGACCAGAGAGCCGCCAAGGACUGCUGCGAGAUGAAAGACAAAGACAAGCCCUCGGAAUCUGACGAAGACUCGCAGGGUAACAGCGGCGGGGCCGGAGGGGCCCCCGUGACCGGAGCGUUGAGGCCCAGUUCCCAGUCGGCGUUCCUGGGCCCGCUGCUGUGGGAGAGGACCCUGCCGUGUGACGGAGGCCUGUUCCAGCUGCAGUACAUGGACCUGGAGGAGUUCCUGACGGAGAAUGGGAUGGGGAUGCACGGCAACGGGCCCAGCUCCACCAGCGCCCAGAUCCCCUCCCAGAGCUCCCAGUCGGCGGUGCCAAACCAGAGCUCCCAGUGCCCUCCAUCUUCUCCUCCGCCCUGCUCCUCCUCUUCCUCCUCCAUGUCCUCUUCAUCCUCCUCUUCCUCGCUGCUGGGACUGGAGACCGUCCAGCCACAACCGCCGCCACCACUGCCACCUCCACAGCAGCAACAGCAGCAGCAGCAGCAGCAGCAAGGCAUGAUGGGAGGAAACGAGUGUCAUCAUGGUGGUCGGGCGGUGCCUCAGGACCAGUCACCCACCUCCACCUGCCCUCCGGGACCCCCCGGGCCUCCGGCGGCCGCCAACGGCAGCAGCGACAUCACGGUGAACUUUGACCCCGACCCGGCGGACCUGGCGCUGUCCAGCGUGCCGGGCCAGGAGGCGUUCGACCCGCGGCGGCACCGCUUCUCCGACGAGGAGCUGAAGCCUCAGCCGAUGAUCAAGAAGGCCCGAAAGAUGCUGGUCCCCAACGAGCAGAAGGAUGACAGGUACUGGAGCCGGCGCGUGAAGAACAACGAGGCGGCGAAGCGCUCGCGGGACGCCCGGCGGCUGAAGGAGAACCAGAUCUCCGUGCGUGCCGCCUUCCUGGAGCGGGAGAACGCCGCCCUCCGCCAGGAAGUGGCCGACAUGAGGAAAGAGCUGGGCCGCUGCAGGAACAUCAUCAACAAGUACGAGAGUCGGCACGGAGACUUGUGAGGGCGGAGGAGGAGGAGGAGGAGGAGGAGGAAGAAGAAGACGACGAAGGAGGAAGGGGCGGGAGGAGGAGGAGGAAAUGAGAAAAAAUAAAGGGUACAAGUCAAACCCAACAACAGCAGCACUUUAGUUGAAGUGGCGAGAGGAGGAGGCCGGCGUAGAUCUGCAGUAGGCGCUGUGUGACACCGAGGCGCAAACACCAAAAAAAAGUGCGUGCACGCUGUGCUUCAGGAUGUCACGACAGGAAAAGCACAGCGACGCCAUCUUUGUUUUUUGUUUUCCAGUGUGACUCUCUUUGUACAUGCUGCUUCGCUGUAUCCACUCGAUGUACUGUUUCACCGUCGUGUCACCUUCGGCAGCUUCUCCGUCACCCUUCGGUGCUGUGUGCUUACGCCCGGUGUCGCGCGGCGUUUUUCCGCAGGUAGUGCGUCCCCCGGCCGACCCCGCUCCGGGGCCAGUUUCAAACAGGGUGUUGAAUUCACAUUAUGCCAGUGAAAUCUCACUUUUUAAAGCUCAAGGGCACGGAUUCAAGCCAGGAGAGGUCAGAUGUGUAAUUUUUUUCUAUAAAUAGGACAACAAAAAAUAACAUGUAUAUUUUUGAAGUGGGAAGGAAGGCAAGACUAGUCCAGCAAAGAGGAGGAGGAGGAGGAGGAGGAGGUGCAGGGUUUUCGUCCAUAACGCAAAGAGAUUUUGACAAAGGAUUAUUGUAUAUUUUUCUAUUAGCAGAGAUAGUCAGGAGGAGGAUUUUGGAGAUAAUCUUUUGUAUAUUUUAUAUAUGGGGCGGGGAGGGGCUGUUAGCUGGACAGUCACGGGGCCACACGAGAUGCUUUUCCUCCCAGCUGUUUUAUCGCAAAACAACAGAUAAUCUAUUUUCGAUUUCACUGAGCUGGUUAGUCGCGUGGGCCGGAGGCGUAACAGAGAAUGUAUCACGGUUGAAUCAGGUAUUUCACACGAUGCGAGAAGAGGCGGGGCAUCUUAGUAACGAUUGUUUUUCGGGGCUAGAGGAGAGAGAGGGGCGUUAGCAGGAAGGCGGUGAAACAAAAAUUGUAUAGUUUUAAGAAAAUUUUUGUUGUUCGUCUUUGUUUCCCUUUGUGGGCUCGUUCAAAGCACUUGAUUUGUUAUCUUCUAUUUGAUUCCGUGUCUCCGAUUUUUGGAAAUAAUCGCAGGGUUUUUAUUUUGAAGGUGAGGGAGAAAAAAGAGAGAGGAAAGCGGGAAGCAAUUAGCCAACAGAACAGCUGGAUGUGAGCAGAUGUUUGAAAAGAAAUAAGGUGGAGAAUUUCGCUGGCAGGUUUGCAUUUAUAGUGAAGGUGUCUCGCUCACACACACACACACACACACACACACACACACACACACACACACACACACACGCCGCAAACUCACAUUGACGGACAAUGUGUUAGCAAUAACACAACGUGGCUGCAGUAUUUCUCUCUCUGUUUACUCCUCGAUUUUGUCCAGGAAGUGCAAAAAUGAAAUGCUAACGGGUUUAGGGUUGAUUUGCCCAAAUUGAACAGUGACUGAAACCUUCAGCAUGCAGACACACAACAAACACACGCACACACAGUCCUGACCCAGGUUUUAACCCUUAUUGUUGUUGUUGAUUAUGGAUGUUGUUAUGGACUUCUAUGGUGCUGAUCGGAUCUGAUCCUUCACCUGACGCACACACACACACGCACACACACGCACAUAAAUCCCAAAUGCAAACACUUCCGGUAUCUCAAACACAGUACUGAACUGCCUAUACCCUUUCUUUGUCUUUUAUUAGUUUAUUUUUUCUUUCUUUUGUUGCAUAUUGUAUCGAUAAAUCGUAUAUAGAUUUACACACAAACACUUGUCUAUACCUCUCCUUCAAACUUUUCCCAAUGAGAAACGAAAAAUGCACCCUACUGCUACUGUACCAUACAACUGUACUAUUGAAUAAUAAACUAUUCUCUCACUAGAUAUAUAUAUAUGUGUAUAU